AAUAACUUGUUAGCUGCUUCGUUCUUAAAGAAAAAUAAAGAAUGAAGCGCCUUGCAACCAUGGCAGCACAAGUGCUGUGGUUUCUCCUUACUCCUACCGUAGCUUUUUCCUAUCUAAUUCCACUGCCGCCAUUGGUGGCAGCAGCCUCCGGUUCGGACAUAGCGCCACUACCACCGGUGGUAGCAGCUCCAAGGCCGGGCUGCCCUAGCAUGUGCGGCAAUGUAAACAUUCCCUACCCAUUCGGCAUCGGGGACGAAUGUGCCUUGGGCUCGGACUUCGCCAUCACUUGCAACCAUAGCUUUAACCCUCCAAGACCAUACACAGGCGACUUCGAGGUCAUCAGCAUCUCGUUGGAGGCCGGCGAGAUGCGUGUCUUCUCCGACGUGUCCUACAUCUGCUACAACUCAUCCAAAACCACUGAUUCAACCGGAGUCAUCACCUGGACACUCAGCUUCAACCCCGCAUUUCUCAUCUCGCCGACGCGCAACGUCUUUACAGGCAUCGGGUGCGACACGUGGGCGUAUCUAAACGGCAGAGAGGAUUUCAGCUUCUUCAGUGGCUGCAUCACCACAUGCAACAGCUUGGAUGAAGCUGCUGAAGACAACGAGGUCUGCACGGGCCUUGGCUGCUGCCAGAGUUCCAUCCCGACCAAGCUCACCACGAUAAAGAUCGGCUGGGGGAACCAGGAAAACUAUCGAAAUCUAGCGUGGGAAUACAGCCCCUGCAACUACGCUUUCAUCGGGGAGAAAGGCUGGUACCACUUCAAUCGGACAGAUCUUACACGUGAUGCCAAUAACAAGACCUUUACUGACCGUGUUGGAAGCAGAACCAUCCCCAUGGUGCUUGAUUGGGCCAUCAGGGAUGGCGGGUCUUGCAAGGCACCACCAAAGGAUGCUGGGGCGUCGGCUAAACCGACAGCUCCCGCUUGCAUCAGUAGAAACAGCUUCUGUGUUAGCGCCACACAGGGACCUGGGUACCUCUGCAAUUGUUCCAAGGGCUACACGGGAAACCCCUACGACGCCGACGUCACCCGUGGCUGCGCAAAUAUCAACGAAUGUAGCAGUACAACGAAUGGUCCUUGUGGCAUGUAUAGCACAUGCGAGGAUACAGAUGGUGAUUAUAAUUGCAAAUGCAACUUUAACCGGAAAGGAGAUGGUAAAAGUGAAAAUGGAUGUUAUGAGUAUGUAUUUCCACCAUAUGCUAUUGCUGCCGCAGCAAUAACUCUUGUCGUCAUCCUAGCAUGUUUGUCAAUUAUUUUGCUUAUGAGACGAGAGCAGAAGAAACUUUUCAACAAAAACGGUGGCGACAUUCUAAAGGAGGUGGGUAUCAAAAUCUUCACCAAAGGGGAGGUGAAGACUAUCACAAAGAGCUACAGAAAUCGCAUUGGAGGAGGCUACUUUGGCGAUGUCUAUGAGGGGACGAUCAUUGACGAUACGUACACCCCCCAAGCACUACAGGUCGCGGUUAAAUGCACUGUGGCGAAAAAGGUGGCACGCCUUCGGCAGAAGUCGCUGCGACGUGAGGCGCCGCAGCACGAGCAGGAGAAGCUAUGGAAGGAAGGGUUCGUGAGGGAGAUCUGCUUCCAAUUCAAGGUUAAGCACCCAAACAUGGUCCGCCUCAUUGGGUGUUGUCUGGAAACGGAUGUCCCCAUACUAGUCUUUGAGUUUGUCGGUAAAGGAAGCCUCCAUGAAGUGCUUCAUGGUGCCAACAAGCUCACUCUCACGCUGCCAAAGCGGCUGGACAUUGCCAUUGGUUCAGCAGAAGCACUCUCCCAUAUGCACUCGCAUGGUGAUUAUAAACACGUCCAUGGUGACGUCAAGUCCGCCAACAUCCUCCUUGACGACAACCUCAAUCCCAAGGUAUCUGACUUUGGGUCUUCCAAGCUCCUAUCGGUAAAAAAUUAUGCUAUGGACGUAGCUGCAGAUGGGAACUACACAGAUCCAGUGUACCACAACACGGGACAUUUCACGGUGAAGAGUGAUGUCUACAGCUUUGGUGUCGUGCUCCUUGAGCUCAUCACGAGGAAGAAGCCUAGGUAUGGCAGCGGCGAUGCUAACAUUCUGACCAUAGACUACAAGAAGUCCAGCAAGAACCACUGCACUGCACGGAUGUAUGACGCAGAGAUCUUAUGCGAUGGCAAUGCUCAAUCUCAUCAGUACAUGGAGUGCCUUGACAUGGUCGGUGCGCUCGCGAUCCGAUGCCUCAGUGAAGACGCGGAUGAGAGACCAACCAUGGCAGAGGUGGUGGAUGAGCUUAAUCAAGUAAAGUCGAUAGCCUGCAGGAGCUCAUGCUAUCACCUGAGUUGAAAGCACGCAUAUGAAGGAAACAAUUUAAGCACGAAUGGUCAUGGCUUGAGCUUAUUAGCAAUCUCUAUAUCCCGUAUCCACCAUUAAUUAUAAUUGUCAAGUUGAAUGUAAUCUAUAGCUAUGGACGUACAUACGAAGUGAGUAAUUUUAUUUUCCUGCAUUUGUUUUAAUAAGGCUGCUUAUUAUUAAGCUGCAUGUAGUUGUGUACUGGUUUUAGGGAACUUUGUAUGUCUACAAUGCGGGCUGAUGCUUCCUCAAAUAAAGAUAUUAAUUAUGUUAAAAUAAA